AGGGAAUAUGAGAUUGUAAUUGGUCCAAGGCAUAUCACCUUAUCCAUAUCCACAUCCAAAAUCUCCUACUUUACUCUCUCUCUCUCUCUCUGACAACCCCAACACUUGUAUUGUCUCAAGCAACCAUGGCAAUGGCAACCCAAGCCUCUCUCUUAACCCCACCCCUCUCCGGUCUCAAAGCCAGCGACCGCGCCUCCGUGCCAUGGAAGCAAAACUCCAGCCUCUCCUUCUCCAGCCCGAAGCCCCUCAAGUUCUCCAGAACAAUCAGAGCAGCAGCCGCCGACGAGACCACAGAGGCACCAGCAAAAGUAGAGGCUGCACCGGUCGGGUUCACCCCACCAGAACUUGACCCAAACACCCCUUCCCCGAUCUUCGGGGGCAGCACCGGCGGGCUCCUGCGCAAGGCACAGGUGGAGGAGUUUUAUGUCAUUACGUGGGACUCACCCAAAGAACAGAUCUUUGAAAUGCCCACUGGCGGCGCCGCUAUCAUGAGGGAGGGUCCUAACCUUCUCAAGUUGGCCAGGAAGGAGCAGUGCUUGGCUCUUGGGACUAGGCUCAGGUCCAAGUACAAGAUCAAGUACCAGUUCUACAGGGUCUUCCCUAAUGGGGAGGUUCAGUAUUUGCACCCUAAGGAUGGUGUUUACCCUGAGAAGGUCAACGCCGGACGCCAAGGGGUGGGUCAAAACUUCAGGUCUAUUGGUAAGAAUGUUAGUCCUAUUGAGGUCAAGUUCACUGGCAAGCAGCCCUAUGAUUUGUGAGCACACAACUCUAUCUUCAUCAUCAUCAUCCCCCGUGCUUCCUUUAUAUGCUAUAUAUUCUCAUGUGAUAUCAUGUACCUAUUGUCAAUUUUAUUAUGCCACAAAUAUUGCUUAAACUCUGUACCUUAAUUUUACACUUCUUUUUCGCUAUUUUGGUGAUUAUUAUUUGUGCCAACUGCAUGGUUUGGAUUAAUAUUGAUUUGCUUCAA